AUGGAGUCUUCCAAGCAAGAUCAACUGUACGAAAGCCCAGAUAAGAAGAAGGUGGAGACGGUGUUGGUUGAGAAGAAGGAGGUGGAGACGGUGCUGGCGGAGAAGAAAGAGGUGGAGAAGGUACAGGUGGAAAAUAAGGAGGAAGAAGUCAAAGAAAAUGUAGAAGAAGAAAAAGAGGAAAAGUCAGAGCUUGAGGAAAAGCGUCAUAAGAAGUUGAAGAAAAGUGAUAGCGACUGGGAUUCUGAAACCGAUUACGUGCUCAAGUGGAAUGGUGAUUAUGAUUAUGAUUAUGAUUAUGAUGACGAGCCAGAACAGCAUUUGGAGGAUGAGGAUGAGGAGAACGAAGCCGAGCAUUCGGAGGAAUACGAAGAGCUGGUUAAUUGGCGUGUCAACUUUCGUCUUCGCUACCGCAUCAAGAGUGAUAAUAUUGCGGUAGACCCGACGUCUUCAGCUUAUGGAUCGGUAGCAGAUAUGAUGAGAGAGCUCAACAAGAAUUCGGAUGGAGAGACUCUUGCCAGGAACUUCCAAUUUCGUCAUGAACUCAACGACAGAACUUACAAAAAUAAGUACAUCCUACGUCUUGAUGCUUGCAAGCUAACAUUCAGCGAGCGCGAUGACAGCGCCCUCAUCCGUAGUAUCACUGAGGCUUCCGUUCUCAAUGAAACCCCUAGCAAUCAAGAAUUUCGCAAUCGCAACAUGGCUAUGGAAGAGUUCCGGAAGAUGCUCUCUUUGAAGAUUUGUGUCUGGAGAUCGUUGUUUGUCAGCAAUGACACCAAUCAGAUGGGAGACAUGGACUUGUCCAAAUGUGUGAAAACCAUCUCAGCCGAGAACCUUACCGUAUACAUGGACUCGUACCCAAACGUUGUUGAGAUUCUUAACCUUCAUCAACCAAUGUUGCAGAAGUUUACAUUGAUGUGCCGCGAGGAGUUUUCAGGUGUUCUCGAAUUGGAACAGGUCCGCAACUGUCCAAGACUCAAAUUUGAUGGACCAUCUGAUUUCACUGAUGAACAACUUCUCUCUAUCAGAGCUAGAGUCUUUGAGUUUAGAUCAGAAAAAAUCACUUCAGCAGGAAUUAAUGCUUUCCUUAAGGCUCUGGUUGCUGAGAAUAUCCCAGAGGGAUUCCACGCGUGCGUAACUACGAACAACCAAAAAUGGACCGAGAAAGAAGUGAUGAAAGGAUUCGAUUACCUCAUUUAUGAAAGUGAAGCUGCAUAUGUUCGUAUCAAUGGAAGCAUCCCUCUCAACGUGUAUCGACCUCUUCUGUGCACUAUGGCAACUAACCGAUCGGAUCAGCGUUUGGUUGUCAUUUUAAGAAAUAAUCACUUCCAAUGCUUCAAGGAGGGGCAAAUGGUUGAAUACCUCUGUCACGACAAUGUUCACCUUGAUUAA